ACUUUCUGGCUAUAAACAAUCAAUUGACUUUGCAUUGUAUUAUACACAUACAAAUCACGUAUGCAAUGUGUUAGUUAAAACAUAAUGUGCGUUUCACCGAUUAUUUUGCCAACUUUGUCACAUUUACAUCUUGCCGCAGCCCGCAUGACAUUAGUUGACCAACACUAAUGUGACAUUUUACUUUAUUCGUUACCUGGCAACAACCAGGCCAAAUCUGACAAACGCUAAAUUGAACUGAGGUUAGUUAACAUUUGUUAAGAUACUCGAUUAUUCCUCUACAAUUACUCUAAACGACUUUGUAAAUGUGUCAAAAGACACACUAUGGCUGGGGCAAACGCAAAGCCUGCUCUAAAUGAGUGCGAUCCAAAACACUGCCUGCCACAAAUAUAUAAGGCCUUAUUGACCCAAUGACCCUAUACAGUUCCUGAAAAACACUCACGGCCUUCCAGGGACAUGGCAGUCUUCAGGAUGUUGACUGGCACAAAUUUGUCGCUGAUGCAGAACAGCUCCCAGCAACAACCACUCUGAGCGACAGGACUUCGGACUGUGCCUAUAUGGAGCCAAAUGACAUCAUGAUGUCCCUUUGCCUCUUCGAAAAGGCCUACUGCUGUUACAGGAACAAUUUAACAAGCUCAUGCUUCAGGAAGUGGAAGAGGUUCGCUGCCCAGAGUAAGAGAGAUAUUGCAGAGCUGGCUUUGAAGAUGGACCUGGAAAAGAAGCGUCAUGAAAGAAACUGCCAGCUGGUUGCACUUGCUAAAUGGUUAAACUGGGUAAAAUUGCACAAGAAGACACAGGCCGUUGCCUCGGAAAAACUUGAGAGUCUUGUCAACGCUGGUCGUCUUAAGCGCAUCAUAGCUGCAUGGCGUAAUGUUUUAAAGGACUCAAAGAGGACAAAAGAGUACUAUAAGAGGUUGCAAAUGGGAUUUAUAGAAAUUGGCAACAGAGUCAACCAGACCGAGGAAGGAUCUGACAUACUCUCCAUGCUCCCUAGCAACCUCUCACUGAAGAUCUUUCGAUAUUUAGAGUUGCGAGACUGGCUAAAUUGUGCUGAGGUGUGUUCCACAUGGAAAGCUUUCAUCCAGUCAGGCACAUUGUGGAGUCAGAUCAACUUCUCUGUGGAGAAGGACUGGAUAACAGAGGGUAAGAUGAAGCAGAUUCUGCAGAACUACCGUCCAUUUGUGAUCCAUCUCAACCUGCGUGGCUGCACAACUCUAAAGGGGCCAAGCCUGAAAUGCAUCAGUGAAUGCAGAAACGUCCAAGACCUCAAUUUGUCAGAGUGUUUUAAUGUUACCGAUGUGAUGGUUCAGAGAAUUGUCGAGGGCUGUCCCUGUCUGCUCUACUUGAACCUUUCUUGCACAUUAAUAACAAACAAAACUCUAAGAGAACUGUCCAGGAACUGUCUAAACCUUCAAUACCUGAGCCUGGCCUACUGCUACAGAUUCACAGAUGAAGGGUUUCUGUACCUGGCCACAGAGAAGGGCUGCCACAAUCUCAUCCACCUCAACCUGUCCGGCUGCACUCAGAUGACUGUAAAUGGGUUCAGAUACAUUUCUGCCGGAUGCCCUUCACUCAAAGAGAUUGUUGUCAAUGACAUGCCCACUCUGUCAGAUAGCUGUGUAUUGGCUCUCACUUCGAGAUGUCACUGUCUAUCGGCCAUUUCGCUGCUGGAUGCUCCUCAUCUCUCCGACAUUGCGUUAGAAGCCAUCGCUGCAGUCGCUAAGCUAAGGACUUUCAGGACAGAGGGUAACAACCAACUAACAGACAACAGCUGGAAGGCUUUGUGCAGCAGCUCUCAAGGUCUCCGCAGACUCCACGCUGCAGAAUGCUCCAGAAUGACUGACGCCAGCCUGAAAUCUGUGGCCAGCCUCAAGAACCUGCACCACCUGGACAUCUCACUUUGUAACAAGGUGAGUGAUACUGGGAUACAGUAUCUGACAGAAGGCUCUUCAUCCACCAAACUGAGAGAGCUGAAUGUCAGUUACUGCUGUCACAUCACUGACAUAUCUGUCAUGAUGAUUGCACAAAGGUUGUGUGAACUUUACCAUCUCAACUUGAGUUAUUGUAAGAGUCUGACUGAUAUGAGUCUGGAGUGGCUGAGUGGAAGCUCUGUCUGCUCUCUUGAUAUCAGCGGUUGCAACAUCCAGGAUCAGGGCCUGGCAGCUCUUGAAGGAAUUCGCUUGAAGAAGUUAAAUGUUUCCCAGUGCGUCUAUAUCACCGAUAUUGGCAUGGAGAAGCUGUGCAAGAACGUGAGAGAUCUAGAACAUGUUGAUGUGUCUCACUGUGUAGCUCUGUCAGACCCGGCCAUCAGAGCCAUUUCAUUUUACUGCAGAAGUCUAGUCACGCUGCGGAUGUCGGGGUGUGCGAAGAUGACAGAUUUGGCAGUGCAGUAUCUGACAAGUGGAUCUCAGUACCUGCGAGAACUUGAUGUGAGUGGCUGCGUUUAUCUCACGGAUCGCAGUCUCCGACACAUAGAGAGGAUCUGCCCUCCACUCUGCUCCAUCACUAUGGCCUGCUGCAGCAGCAUCUCAAAGGUGGCCGCCCUAAAGCUUCAGCCACGUGUAAAGCACUGGGAGCACAGCAAUGAUGACCCUCCAUGGUUUGGAUACAACAAUCACAAGACCUAUCAAGACAGAUGACACCUAGGAACAGGUGGAACAGCACUCAGUGAUGACACGAGCAGCAAGUACAGAGAGAUAAACAGAUCUAAUUGAAGAAUUAGAGCCCACAGCAAUCACAGCCACCAUCCUUUUUGGGACAUUAUUUAAAACCUAUUAAGAGCAUCUAAACUAAGUAUUUUAUGAAACCCAUAAGAUAAUCCACUGUAAGGUUCUUUCUUGGCCAAUUAACCUUCUACCGAGUUUCAUGAAAAUUGGACCAGCACCAAACCAAAAACAUAACCUCGCUGGCAGAGGUAAAAUUACAAAUAUACUGGUCAAAAAUCUAUUAAAACAUUCCUGUCUGGAUUGACAGAUGCAGUUUCAAUGCUGCAUCGACACUUUGUAUUUUGUCAGAUGUUGACAGGAGAAAGUCCUGUGCUCUCAGAGUUUGAUGCACUAGAACCCUUCUUGCUACAGUUUUGGAUCCUUUAGUAUUCCAGUUCCCUGUAAUUAUAUUGUUUUUACCUGUGGUAUAUUUUUCGUUUAUACAAAAAUCCUAACUGUGUAUCACUCCACAUUCUAAAAGAAGUUGGUGGAUGUUGUUCAAAGCUUAAAAGCAAAAAUAUUUUAGUUUUGGUUCAGAUAUAUUUCUUAGAUGGUCUCACUCAGUGAGAAACUGGCUUUGUUUUAAAAUUAUGAAAUCAAGAUUGAGAACAAAUUAGUUUUAAAAUUACAUGUAUACAAUUUAUGCUGAACAUAAACUAUCAUUAGAUGAUUUAGUAACGGCCCGUCCACACUACAGCUUCAAAAAAAGCUUGCCGGCGGGCGUGUCUGAAGCUCGACCAACAGCC